CGCCCGGCCUGCUCCGUCACUUCCGGCCGCGCCUGCCCGCCCGCGCCUGCGCACUGCGGCUCCCUCUUCGCGUCGGCGCCGGGGGAAGAUGGCCAAGCGCACCAAGAAGGUCGGGAUCGUGGGUAAAUAUGGGACCCGUUACGGUGCGUCCCUUAGGAAAAUGGUGAAGAAGAUUGAAAUCAGCCAGCAUGCCAAGUAUACCUGCUCUUUCUGUGGCAAGACCAAAAUGAAGAGGAAGGCUGUGGGUAUCUGGCACUGUGGGUCAUGCAUGAAGACAGUUGCUGGUGGUGCCUGGACUUACAAUACCACCUCUGCAGUGACAGUCAAAUCUGCUAUCAGAAGACUGAAGGAAUUGAAAGACCAGUAGAAGCUACUUCCUGUUCUCCUUGUGAAACAUCCUUUUUUUCUCCACUGUCAAGAUCUGUCCUUUUACCAAUAAAAGGGUGAUAAUGGA